CACAAUCAUUCACAAUCCGUUGAUACCCGCCCCACGGUGCGGAUCGUAAAUACUCACAACAAAACAAAAAUCGCACGAUCAACUCGGGAUUAACAAAACGAAAACCCCAAGGAGAAUAAUAUAAACAGAGACUCAUUCGUUCCUGUUGUUGUUCAUCUUCUAUUUGUCGUAAAGUGUUUUAUUCAGUGCCAGUGCAGUUGUUGUGUUGAUGACGAGUCAUCGAGAUGCUGUGACUAUUCAUACCGCGAAUAAUCGACGGGUAGAAUGGAGAAUCGGGGAUACGAGGAUGACUCUUUGAACCUAGAGGACCAGCACAUCCAUCAACAGCAGGAAGUCACCAUAAAAGUAUCGGAAACCCCAGACACCCACGUCUACGAGGACAUAAUCAUAGGAAUGGAUUCACCGAAUAAAAGUGUCUUUGAUAAUCGUUUGGAGAUGAGCUGUACCUCACAGGGUGUCCUUCAGAGGAAUUUGACGUUACCAUUGCGUAGAAAUAGUGAAUUGAAUAAAGACGAGAUAACGAGGUACUCGGUACGAGUGACUAGUACAGAGAGGAAUCCGAUGCCGAGAGAGAGCAAGCUGAGUGAUGACAGUUUAAUGGACAUGAGUGAAAAACCGAGGAGAAGACGGAAAAAAGAUUGCAAGCAUUGCAAGAUGAAGGCCAACGAGGAAGCAAAGAGUAACAGAUAUGUCGAUUCUGGGAGGAAUCCGACAGCCAAUUCCAUUCAGCCGAUAUUCACCAUUCCUGAUGGAAGACUUCCAGGAUUUGGCAUUCCCACCAGUCAAAAUUCAUGUUGUGUCAACUCAUGCGCUGUCUUUGCCAUCGGUAAUGGGGGAUUUUAUGACAGAAAAGUCAUGAGUUAUGAUAAGAACGAGGUCGAGCCCAGGUUGACCACUUUGGGAGAGGACAGGGCUCUUAUCACACCUCCAAAGCAUCGGACUGGCAUGAAAGUCAAUUCUAUUUAUUCACAAGAUCAGUGGAAGGCGAAGGAUCAUGGGGGAAUCGUCGCCGAAUUCAAGGAUCAAGCCUUUCAGAGAGCGUAUUCGUUACCAACACGCACUCAAAGUCCGUCCUCUCAGAAUCGGUUGAAUCUUCGGAGAAGUGUCCGAGGAGAGCCACCACCCCAACCCGCACGACUCCGAAAAAAUCGUCACGGAUGGACAUUGCACUUUGCUCGACCGCUGGACGGCACGGGCUGCACCAAAUCCAUCAUUUUACUCCUAAUCGCUGUCCUGGCACUACUUGGCAUCGGUGCAAUUGCCCUCUAUAUUGUCUUCGGAAUUGUUGCAGAGCCUGAGAAGCUCCAAAUAAUUCAGCAAUACCUUCGCUCGAGUGAGCAAAGCCCUCACCCCGAUAACGUAACAACACCAGUGAAACACUUGAUGGAGACAGCAAGACCCGUGGAGACAACUCCACUCCCAAGCUUCGUUCAAGUACCAUCGACGACAAAUAUCCCACUUCCUGAGUUCAGCACCACCGUAACAGAGUCACAGGAAACGGAAACGCCAGUUUCACCGAGCGUGAUAACACCGAUGAAUAUUACACGACACUGCGAUGACUGUUACAAGGGCGAAGUGUGCGUUGCACUCGUCGACGAAGAUGUGCCGGUAUGCAGAAUUGCAUUGGAUUCCAUGGAUCCAACUGGAUGCGCUGGUCUCUGUAUCGUCAACAGGCAAAAGUGCCAUCGACUCGAUGUCGACGCAUUCAGAUGCGUCGAGGUGCAGCACAAUUGCUUGGACAACGAGUGGACGUGUUCCAAUAGCCUAUGUAUUCCGUCAGUGAAAAGAUGCGAUGGACACAUGAAUUGUUACGAUCAUUCAGACGAGUAUAAUUGCAACUGCGAUCUGCAGACGCACUUUCAAUGCGGCAACGAGACGUCAUGCCUUCCCCUGGAGAAACGUUGCGACGGAAAAAUUGACUGUUGGGAUGCAACUGACGAGAUUAACUGUACCCUCGGUGAUGACCUAGGUUGGUCUUGUCCAUCGAGUAACGAGUACACCUGCAGUAACGGUCAAUGCAUACUCAAGUCCAGGUUUUGUGAUGGAUUGAGAGAUUGUACAGAUGGAACUGACGAGCCCAGAGGUUGUCGUGGCCGUUGUAAUAAACACGAGUUCACAUGUCGAAAUGGUAGAUGCAUAACGAGAAAUUUCAAGUGUAACGGAAUCGACGAUUGCGGAGACGAAUCGGAUGAACAGCAUUGCCGAGACCGACCAACUCCUUCCAGCAUCCGAAGGCAAAGAUGAACAAGAAAAAAAAGUAUUAGCAAAAAAACUACGAGAGACUGUACAGUGGAUUAUUGCAAAUAACUGUAAAAACGAGUACGAUACAUCAAUUAUUUUCAUUUGAUAAUAAAUAGAUAAGAAUAUUAGAGUAUUUAAACAAAA